AUGCGGAGACACAACAACGUGUUCGAGGACGACUUCGCGCUCGACGACGGCUACAUGAGCGACGACAACCAACGGACCUCCAAGCGCGACGACGACGCCCCGCCGAAACCCGACAGCCACGCCCCCGUCGCUUUCCCCCACGACGCCCCCCCCGCGCCACCGCCGGUGCGCAACGCCCCGUCCGCCAAGGUCGGUGCGGCCGCCGUCGGCCUGGACAGCCUGUCGAUGAGCGACGACGACGGCGACGACGUGUCGGACAGCGCGUAUCUGGAGGAGCCGGGGCGGCCCCGGGCGGGGCGGGCCCUCACUAGCAGCACAGGGGAGGACUACGUCGAGGGUCCCGAGACGCUGCGGGUGGUUGACGGCUUCCUGGACCCGGCGCUGGCCGCGGAGCUGCGCGGGACGUUCGACGCGCGGUUCGAGGACCCCCGCGAGCUGCACGAGAACCGCUUCGUGUGGGACUACUGGCGCGUGCCGCAGCAGUACGACCUACACCGGACCUUCGCGGCGGACUACUUCGGCGACACGGACGCGUACGACCGCCUCGAGGACGCGCUGCUGGCCUUCGGGCAGCGCGAGCUGGGGUGCGCGGCGAUGACGCCGGUGUGGCUGUCGUACUACGUCGACGGGAACGGGCAGGAGCUGCACUGCGACAACCCACACGGCCCGUGGGCCUUCGUGCUCAGUCUGACGGAGUGGGACGACGACGUGGCGCGGCGCGCGUUCGAGGGCGGCGAGACGAUGCUCCUGAAGCAGGCCGUCCUCGACUUCUGGCGCGGCUUUCCCGGCGGCGCGAUGGAGUUCGGCGACAUCGUCGAUCUCGUGGAGCCCCGUUUCAACCGACUGACGGUGUUCGAUCCCAGGAUACCGCACGGUGUUCGGCAGGUGCGCGGUACGCGCGACCCGCGGCGCGGCCGCCUGGUGCUGCACGGGUGGUUCACGGACCCGGAGCCGUUCUUCGACGACGACGCGGGCGUGGACGGUGCGGAGGCGAGCGACGCGCUGAACGCGGCGCUGGGGCCGCUGUUCGCGGAGCUCGGGCAGAUGCCGCGCGCGUACGGCACGCUGACGGUGCGGCUGACGAUCGACGGGGGCACCGGGGAGGUGGACGGGCUGGAGUGGCUGACGGACACGCUGAUGCCGGACAGGGGGGAGUGUUUGGAUGUGGAGGACGUCAGGGCGCAGGUGCUGGACGUGGUGGAGGCGCGGCUGAUGACGGCGCAGAUGCCCGCGCGCGAGGACGGCUCGGACGAGUCGUGGUGCAUCACGCUGCCGCUCGUGUUCGAUUGA